AUGGAAGCUGAUGGCAAUAUUCUUGUUCCUUUGCGUCAGAAGGCAAAAAAGAAAAGCCAAGGGUUCUUUAUAAUGAGCCGACGGAGGAUAUCAUGCAAAGAGCUGGGGCAAGCCGAUUGCCAAGGAUGGCUCUACAAAAAGAAGGAAAAAGGAGCUUUCAUUGGCAACAAAUGGAAAAAGUUCUGGUGUGUGCUAAAGGAGUCAUCGCUGUAUUGGUACAGCAGUCAGCUGGCUGAAAAAGCAGAAGGAUUCAUAAGACUUCCAGACUUCAGUGUGGAUCGAGCAAUUGAAUGCAAAAAAAAGCAUGCUAUUAAGAUCAGCCACCCACAGAUCAAGACAUUUUAUUUUGCGGCAGAAAAUGUUCUGGAAAUGAACACGUGGCUAAGUAAGCUGGGAAUGGCUGUAGACCCUCAGGCACCAAACAGGAAGAACGAAGAAGAAUGCUACAGUGAAAGUGAACAUGAUGAUCCAGACAUCACAGACACGCCACCUCCUCCCUACACACUCCAGACCUCACCUCCUCCUUCGGAUCAGCAGAAGUCAUCAUUCACCUCAACUCUGUCAAGUGAAGCAUCUUGUUCUCUCUCCUCUCCUGAAAGCACUUUCAAUUCCCAAGAAUCAUCGUCUUCCUUGACAUCCAAAGUGGUUUGUUCCGAGAAGCAGUCCUGGCUUGACCUGGUUAACAGCUCUGCCAUGGAAGAGGGUGAUCAGCCUUUAACGUUCUGCGUGCAGAUUCAUUCCGACGAGGCGCCAGAAGCGGUCUGUGCAGAUGCAGCAGAAAGCCAGGAAGUCCGGCUUUCUGAACCCAAUGGUGGAUCCCAAACCUCUUACUUAAGUGCAGAUACACAUUGUCUAGCUGUGCCAGAUGCAACAGGACAGCGAUCACUAGCCAGAGACCAGGAAAAGUGUGAUGAUGAUGAUGAGAUGGAGCGACUUUACAAGUCAUUGGAGCAAGCAAGCCUGUCUCCCAUUGGUGAUCGUCGGCUGUCAACUAAGAAGGAGCUUAGGAAGUCAUUUAUCAAGCGCAGCAAAAACCCCUCCAUUAACGAGAAACUCCACAAAAUUCGAAUGCUAAACAGUACAUUAAAGUGUAAGGAGCAUGAUCUGGCCACAAUUAACCAGUUGCUAGAGGACCCAAAGUUGACAGCAGUGAAGUACAGAGAGUGGAGGAGCACAAACAUCAUGCUGGUCCAAGAUAUUUAUCAGCAGCAGGAGGUCCAGGACAUGUCCACAGAGAAGAGUGAAGAGCAAGAAAUGACUCCACGGCCAGUCACUGAAAGUGCUAUUUGAUCAAUGGCACAUGGCAAGAUUUUUCUCCACGGGUCUUCACGUACAUACAAUUUAAGCUGCUGUAUCUUGAGGAUUGUUUUUUGUGAGUGUGCUUCAAAAGGAAAACAACCCAUUCUCCAAAGUUUUAAAUGCUUCUGCAGAACUCAUUUAAUGUCAAAUGGGCAAUUUCCCCAAAUUGCCCAAGUUGCCAAAAAAACAUGCCUGAAUGUGGCCUGCAUACAUAAGAUUAUUUAUCAAAGCAGCAAAGAAACGUUUUUCAGUUUUUGGAGAAGAAAAUUAUAAAUGUCCAGCUUCUGGAGGACACAGAACUAUGUAAUAUGUACUGUAUAAAUAUGAGAUCCUUGGGAUUGUUUUAACCAUACAACUUAUCAUGAAAUGAAGCUAAACUGAUCCCAACAGGAUGUAGUCUACUCUACCUUUUUACCCUUAAGGUAACUCAAUGUAUACAUUUUCAUCUCUGUACCC